UGGCUACCCCGGAUUGCAGGGCUGGUUUUUUUCCCAGCGGGGCGGUUCGCCCCGUGGGAAGCCCCCCCACCCCAUCCACCCACGCAGCGCCCCCAACCCACGCGGCGCGCACCUUACAGCCCCCCACAUCCACGCAACUCCCCCAGCGUCCCGCGCUCCAGAAGCCCUUGCAGGGGGCCGCGACAUGGGUCCCACACCCCCAAAACAGCGCGUCCCCUCCUGGCAGGCCUCCCUGCCGUGGGCAGGCUGGCGUGGGGAUGAUGCGUGGGGAUGUGUGUGCACGCGCUUCCCACGCCCCAGGCCUCCCGUGACGUCCCGGCUUCCUCCGCCGGCCUUGCGUCACCGCGGGAGGAUGUUGCUCCCCGGGCUCGGGGAGCGGGGCCCAGGAGCCAGCGGGGGCACCUCGGAUGGCCGGAGCAAUCCCUCCUUUGUCCUCAUCCCCGGGCUUGCCCACCCGGCUGAGCCACGGCCGCUGGGCUUCCCUCUGGAUGGGGAUGCGGAGCCUGGGAGCGGGACUGGGCGUGCUGCUGGAGGCUACCUCUGCCCCGCGGCAGUGCUCGGGCUGUCACAUCGGCCACCUCGGUGGCGUUGGGGAGUGCCACGCGUAGGCGAAAAGGCAACCAAGCAGUUCCUGGAGGAGAUCAACAAGUGGACAGGCCAGUAUAAUGUGUCCCCGCUCUCCUGGAACGUGGCUGUCAAGUUCCUCAUGGCCCGCAAGUUCGACGUCCUGCGGGCCAUCGAGCUCUUCCACUCCUACCGGGAGACACGGCUGAAGGAGGGAAUUGUGAAGCUGAAGCCACACGAGGAGCCGCUGCGCUCGGAGCUGCUCAGCGGGAAGUUCACCAUUCUGAGCGUGCGGGACCCCUCGGGAGCCUCUAUUGCCCUGUUCACAGCCAAGCUGCACCACCCCAGCAAGAGUGUGCAGCACGUGGUGCUCCAGGCACUCUUCUACCUGCUAGACCAAGCCGUGGAGAGCUUUGAGACGCAAAGGAACGGGCUGGUGUUCAUCUACGACAUGGCGGGGUCACAGUACACCAACUUUGAGCUGGAUCUCAGCAAGAAGAUCCUCAACCUGCUUAAGGGUGCCUUCCCAGCUCGGCUCAAGAAAGUUUUCAUCGUGGGAGCACCCAUGUGGUUCCGUGUGCCCUACUCCAUCAUCAGCCUGCUGCUGAAGGAGAAGCUGCGGGAGCGGGUGCAGAUGGUGAAGAUGUCGGAGCUGAAGGAGCACCUGCCCCGGGAAUGCCUCCCCGAAUACCUCGGGGGGUCCCUCAAACUGGACCCUCUGAGCUGGAACUGCCGGUUCCUGCCCCAGCAGAAUGGGCAUCCUGACCCCCUGGACGAGCUCAUCCUGGUGCCGCUGGCGGCCCCCAAAGAUAAUGGCUCCGUCCACGUCCCUGGGCCCAAGUCCAUGACCCUCCAGGAGCUGCUGGAUCAUGUCAGUCACAAGCAGAAACGGGGCAUCUACGAAGAGUAUGAAGAUAUUCGGCGCAGGAGCCCAGCUGGCACCUUUGUCUGCUCUUUGGCACCCUACAACCAGGAGAAGAACCGGUAUGGGGACGUGCCCUGCCUGGACCAAACCCGUGUCAAGCUGGCAAAGCCGUACAGUCGCCCAGAGCUGACUGACUACAUCAACGCAAGCUUCAUGGAUGGCUACAAGCAGAGGAACGCUUACAUUGGCACUCAGGGGCCUCUGGAAAACACCUAUGGUGACUUCUGGCGCAUGGUGUGGGAGCAGAACGUCCUGGUGAUAGUGAUGACAACCCGGCUAGAGGAGGGAGGCAGGAGGAAGUGUGGCCAGUACUGGCCCCUGGAGAAGGAUUUCCAGGUGUGCUUCGGGGCCCUGACCAUCACCAACCUGGGCGUGGAGAACCUCAGCCAUUACAAGAAAACCAUUCUGGAGAUCCACAGCUCAGAGACCAGGGAGCGGCGGCUGGUGUCCCACUUCCAGUACCUGAGCUGGCCAGAUUAUGGCGUUCCCUCCUCCGCUGCCACUCUCAUUGACUUUUUGGGGGCUGUGAAGCAGCAGCAGAGGGUGGCUGUCAGCACCCUGGGACCUCGCUUCAAGGGUCACCCUAGGGGACCACCGGUCGUGGUCCACUGCAGCGCCGGCAUCGGCAGGACAGGUACCUUUUGUGCUCUGGACAUCUGCCUGUCGCAGCUGCAGGACGUGGGUACUCUGAACAUCUACCAGACGGUGCUACGCAUGCGGACCCAGCGCGCCUUCAGCAUCCAGACCCCCGAGCAGUAUUACUUCUGCUACACUGCCAUCCUUGAGCACGCCCAGCGUGAGGGCCUGCUGCUCGCCAACCACAGCCGGGCUGCCCAGGAGAAGAGCUCGCCAGGGCACUGAGAUCCCCCGCCUCCCUGCAGACACCCCCUUCCCAUCCUCCGGGGGCUGCCUGAGCUGCCUUGGUGCCUGCCGGGACUCAGCUGAGCUGUUGGGGCGGCGGUGCCAGAGCACCUCGGCUGUCAGCACUGCUAUGGAACUGUGCCUUAUUCAACCCAAACAGUAGCUGCCACUCGCCGGCACGGGAAGGGCCUCUUGCUCCUCCCCGUUGUGUUUCGGUUGGGUUUGGUUGGUUGUGGAGGUGGUUUUGUCUGUCUCUUCAAGUUGGGAGGUUUUUUUUUAUUUUAUUAUUUCGUUGUUGUUGGGACCACCUAAAGCUGUACCUAGAGAGGGGCUUUGCAAAGUCCUAGGAAAUGUAUUCCCACUCCUGGGGCUGAGGGAGAGGUGUGUGCUCUGGUCUCACCUGCUGCUCCCUCUGUGUGUCUGUAUGUAUGUGUGUAUAUAAUAUAUCCCCGCUCUGCUCCCCCGGCUAUUAUAUAGAUACAUAUAUACAAGCUCCCCUUUAGCAGCUCCUAAGGAUUCUUGCUGUCCUGCCACCUCACUGCUGUGAUCCCUGGAGCGGUGAGUUUGGUCCUGGCUCUGUCUUUAUCUUCCCCCUUCCCCGUUUUUCCCCUCAUGGGCAGCACUGGGACACGGUACUCACUCUCACGCCUGUCCCACUGGAGGCACGAGGAUGCUUGGUGGUGUCCCCCCCUUUCCCUUGUCUCACCUUCCCUGUGGAGACAGCAGCUCUGCUCCCAGGAGGGUGUGGAGGAUUUGGGUUGUCGGAGGGGUGUGAAGUGUGAAGCUCACAGGCAUUCCCUGCCCCUUGGGGCACCGCCACAGGAGUCACUCGGUACGAGGUGAUGAGGACACAGGGACCAGCUGGCUCACCAGGUUGCCUGGCUUUCCCAAGCCGCCACCGGGAACCCUCAGGCCCAGCCCUGCGUUGAGUCACAGGCCGGGAAAGUGCUGAGCAAGAAUAAACCCCAAGCCCUGGAGAGGCAAUGAGCCUUAGCCCCAGCCCCCACCACCACCUGGGCCUCCCCAACUUUAUACUGUAAUAAGAUCUUUGAAUGUGUAUAUUCUUAUUUUUUUAUAAUCUUGGGGGGAGGGGGUAGUUUUUGUUUUGUAGUUCCUUUUUGUUUUUUUUUGUUUGUUUGUUUGUUUGCUUGUUUGGUUAAAUUUUUUUUUAUUUAACAUUACCUUGAUCCAAGCCAGAACCAGAAGUAUUUGUAAAUGUACCUAUUUUGCUCUUGUUCAGAGAAACCUUUUUGUUGUUGUUCCUUUUUUGGGGGUUGUUUUGUUUUUAUUUGUAUUGAUAUAUAAAUAUACUACCAGUGA